AUGCGCCGGAAGCCUGGCAUUGCCGGUCUCAUCCGAGAGAAGGAACAGCAGAGUGCUUACGGGGCUGUGGGGGAGCAGCUGGAGGCAGACAAAGACCAACAGGCGCGACAGCACCUGGAAACGCUGCAGAGCUCCCUGAAGAGCUUCGCCUCGAAGCAUCGAAACCGCAUCAACUCUGACCCGCAGUUUCGGAAGUCCUUCUGCGACAUGUGCAUUGCAGCAGGGGUGGACCCUUUGUCAAGCAGCAAAGGCCUUUGGGAUGAGCUGCUGGGCGUCGGACAAUUCUACAGCGAUCUCUCGGUGCAGGUGCUCACACAGUGUAUGCGCACCCGGGACGAGAAUGGCGGUCUACUGGACCUCCGGCAGUGCUUGGCGAACGUGCGACGCGCUCGGCCUGGGGAGAAGUUGGCGCUGGAGGAUUUGGAGCGGGCCGUGGAGUGUUUGGCACAGCUGGGCCCUGGCGUCUCCAUCCGCUUCUGUGGCCGGCAACGGCUUUUGUGCUCCGUGCCCGACGAGCUCAGUGGGGACACGGCACAGGUGAUAGAGCUGGCAGCGGCCACUGGACAGCCAGCGAGAGAGGUGCACGUGUUGGCAGGGUGUGUGGUCCCUGAGGUGCGGAGGAUUCUGAUAAGGUUUGGCCAUAUAACAUGGGUUGAGGCAAGCCGAAUCCCAAAACAUUGGAUGGUGCGAAGGGACUGCAACCACAACAGGGCCAGGACUCAUACGGUUCCGCGAAACAUGCAUAGAUUGCAUAGAGGCAUAGAGUAUGUUUUUGGUUCAUUCUUGAUAUUCUUGGAUGUGAAUGUGGGAUGCGGCAUGUUGACUGGUUUUGACUGGUUAGUACAGGUCUUCACAUGCAAAGAUGGAGAUCCACUGAUGCCUAAUCCAACAGAAGAGUUCCAACCAACUCCGCCAUUGGAUCUUAAGUAA